AUGGCCGACUCAUCGCGAUCGGAAACGCCAGAAACAUCAGGGCACAUCGACAAGUCAGCCGCCGAUGCUACUGGCGAUGGCCAUGACCGCGUCUCACAUAAAUCAGCAAUAUCCAACCACAACCCGAAAGCCCCUAAUGUAACCAUUGAUUUUGGAGGCUUAUUGUCUCACGGUGAACCCGCUGACCACUCGUCCGCAAAGCCAGCUGAACCUGAAGCUGCAGAAUCUGCAGAAGAAGGGGUUGAAAAUCCAGAGCGCCCAAAGGGUAUCAGAUUUGUUAUUGUGUACAGCUGCAUUCUCUUGGGAGACUUUUUUGUCGGAUACGUGAGCCGUUCCUAUCUCCUGCAACUUUGUCUUGCGCUGACCAGAUUCGCUUUUCAGGACACUAGCUGUGUGACAACUCUGACACCACUCAUCAGCGAUGAGUUUAAGGCUAUUGGCGAUGUUGGUUGGUACGGAAUUGCAUACAUCCUCGCCCUGGCCUCAAGCGUCCUCACAUUCGGUCAGCUCUACACGAUUUUUCCCAUGAAAGCAAUCUUCCUAGCUUCAUUCAUUGUCUUUGCCAUUGGAUCGACAGUUUGCGCCACAGCUCCUUCUUCUAUUGCUUUCAUCAUAGGGCGAGCCAUUACUGGUCUUGGAGGUGCAGGCAUUUUCUCAGGUGGCACCAUCAUCGUUGCAAAUACAACUUCCCUUAAGCGUCGCCCUAUCUAUCAGAGUAUUUCAGGCGGUAUGGAAUGCACAGCGCUUGCAUUUGGACCUUUGGUCAGCGGCACAAUCUCGAACUUUUCAUCUUGGAGAAUCAGCUUCUAUAUCAUCAUCCCUAUCGCGGUAGUCAACAUCCUUGCCAUUUGGCUGUUCGUCAAUAAUCUUCCACAGCCAGAGCACGCCAAUCUUGGAGCAAAGGAAAGAUGGCGACAACUUGACCUGCUAGGCAUAUUUCUAUUUGUUCCUAUGACCGUUUGUCUGAUCCUUGCGCUGCAAUUUGGCGGAUCAGUAUAUGCCUGGGGCAACGCACGUAUCAUUGUGCUCUUUGUCUUGGCUGGGGCUCUGGCUAUUGCUUUCUUCUUCGCCCAACGACGAGCAGGCGACAAGGCCAUGUUUCCGCUGCACAUGCUCAGGCAGCGCAGCGUAACACUUGGAUCGGCCUCGAUGUUUUGCGUCUCUGCGUCUCUUUUCGUCUUUGGAUUUUACCUUCCCAUAUAUUUCCAAGCCAUUCGACACGCAACAACUCUGCAAUCUGGUCUCAUGUACCUCCCUACUGCCCUUUCCUUCGCUAUCUCCAUCUUUGUGGCUGGGAAUAUCACAUCAUGGCUCGGCUACUACACCCCUGUGAUGGUCACCGGGACCGCCCUGAUGAGCGUGGGCGCAGGAUUGAUGACAUCAUUCAGUGAGCACACCUCGACCGUCGAAUGGAUCUGGUUUCAGAUCCUCUUUGGCGUCGGUGCUGGCCUAGCCUUCCAGCAGCCCUAUACGGCCAUCCAAACCGUACUCCCCGAAAAGCACGUUGCAACCGCGAUCGUGGUUCUGAGCUUCACACAGGAGCUCGGUGGCAUCGUUGCGCUGGCCGUUUCUCAAAACAUCUUCCUUAACCAGCUGAUAUCAAAACUCAAGUCUACUGUCCCACAGCUGGACCCAGGUUCCAUUUUGGAUGCGGGAACGCUGAACCUGGUAAACACGGUGCCAGAGGAGUAUAAGGGCGCUGUAUACUCAGCUUAUAAUGCGACGAUUAUCCAGGUCUUUUAUGUGGGCGUGGCUUGUGCAUGUAUGACCAUAUGCGCUAUCGGCAUCGAGUGGAAAUCAGUCAAGGAGGAGAAGUCUAAAGAGAGCUCGGAAGUAGGCAGUCCAGCAUUGUAG